AUGUCAAAGUGGCCAGUUCUGCUUCACACCCGUGUCCAAAGCCGAUCAAGCCGUGGCAAGCAUGUAGCUUUCGCUCAACAGAAUGAAAAUCUGACACCUGUGAUUGGUAGGAAAAUCGUCCAAAAGCCUAAAAGUGGAAUGUAUUGUGUGAUUCUCAUGAAGCCUUCAUGGGUAGCACGCGAGUGGCUUGAAAACGAGUCCGGCGAAAUUGAUGCAGCUAUGACCAGCACUUGUGGAGUUUAUAGCCUGGAGUGCAGCCAUUGCAUUUUUUGGCCUGAUUCGCGCCGCAUGCAGACUUGCAGUAUGUAG